UUCUUUGUGUAGAUAAAGCAUAUCCCUGUGGCUGUGGUUAUAAUUGUAGAAGGAGAAAAAACGCAACUUGCACUAUGUAUUACGCGUAGAAAUCUCCUUAAUCCUCUAGUUCGUACAAGUUAAAGGAGAUUUCACUUCAUGGGAGACAACAUGGCUGAAGCAUCCUCCGAAGCAAUCUUAGAGGACAUGUGGGCGAGUUUCAUUGCCCAGAAAGAACGAGAAAGGAGCACGAAGAAAACAUCCCAAUUGCCCAAAGAAUUGGAAGAAUUGCCGAGUCUUGAUGCCAGAGAUGGAUCAAUGGAGAUCUUACAAAGGCUUCCAAGCCUUGGGAGGUGGUUAUCAAUGGGGGCCGAGGCAUGGGAAGAACUUCUAAAGGAAACAAGUACUCAUCCUCUUAGCAAUACAGGACAGUCACUUGGUCUUGAUUUAAAAAGCAAUGAUGCAAAUUUGAAACUGAAACCGAAUGGUAUGAGAGUAGACGGUCACACGGCAGUUACUAAACGUUAUAGGGGAAUGAGAAAGAGGCCGUGGGGAAAAUACGCGGCAGAGAUACGGGAUUCGACGAGGAAAGGAGCUCGGAUUUGGCUAGGGAUUUUUGAAACAGCUGAAGAAGCUGCUUUGGCUUAUGACAAGGCUGCAAUAAGAAUUAGAGGCACCAAGGCAUAUCUCAACUUUCCACUUGAGACCAUUGCUUGCUCACAAAAUCAUGGUUUGAAUUGUUCAUCAACAAAAUUCCACCGAAGCAAUUCCUCUGCUUACCCGUUUGGUGGGUGUGCCAAAAUCAGUUCAAAUCCCAGAGAAUACGAAGAAAAUACGGGCUUUAUUGUGACUGGACAAUCACCAUUUAAGAAAAAGGAAACACUUGCGAAUGGCUUUGAUGAUGUUUUGGAGUUACAGGAUUUUGGGAAUGAUUAUUUGGAGAGUUUGCUUUCCUUUGCGUGACUAAAAUCCUCUUUAACUAUGUGUAGCCAUAUCCGUAGAAUUGUACAUACCCAAAAUGCAUGUACAUGUGUACACAGAUACAGUUGCAACCUGUGUGAAAAUAAUCUUAUCCAGACAUGUGUACAGGUUUCAUGAGGUUGAUUGUGAGCAGAGAAGACUACAAAUUUACCCUCCAUGUGGCAUGUAUAUAGGAGUAUCAAAUCAGAAGGUUGUAUAUUACAGUAUGAAGGAUUUGAAGUUUGAAGUUUCUCAUC